AUGGCUCCCAAGAAGAAGGAGCAGCAGAAGAUGUCCCUGGGGGACUUUCUGACUGAUUCAGGUUUCGGUGGAGGCUCCUGGGCUGAUGAGGUCGAGGAAACCUAUGUCACUGUUGGCACUCAGCAGCUACCCGCCAGCGAUCGAUCCCGUCCCGGUGGAACCCAUUCGGCCUGGCAGGAACGAGGCUACUCCGUCCGAGAGGAGACUCCUCAGACGCUACCCACCAAGCCACCAUUCACCGCACAUCUCGGCAACCUGUCCUACGAUGCCACCAGCGAAACCGUUACCGAGUUCUUCGAGGGCUGCAGCGUCGUCAGCGUCCGCAUCAUCGAGGACCGCGAGCUCAUGCGCCCCAAGGGAUUUGGCUAUGUCGAGUUCGCCGACGUCGACGGCCUCAAGAAGGCGCUGACCCUUGAUGGAGAGUCGUUCCAGGACCGCAUGAUUCGAAUCAAGAUCGCCGAUCCUCCUCGCGGCGGUGACAGCCGAGGAGGAGAAUCGACUCGUGACCUCAGUGAUUGGAGUCGCAAGGGCCCGUUGCCCGACCUCCCCGGCCGAGGCAGCCGUCAGCCCUCUGAUUUUGGCGAACGCCGUCCCCGAGACCCCGCCUUCUCGGAGAGCCGACCUGCCCGCGAGAUCAACUGGGAGCGAAAGGGCCCUCUGGCGCCCAUCCCCGGACAAGAGUACGCGCCCGGACCUCGCGACCGUAGCCGUUCGCGUGCCACCCCCGAGGGUAUGGGCGACCGCAGCGAGCGCGGAAGCCGAAGCGGAGCCGGAGCCUGGGGCGAAGGCCGCCAGGAAGGCUCGCGCCCGCCUCGUCGAGACCAGCCCGAGCGCGCCGAGCGCGUCGUCACCGCCGCCGAGAAGGACUUCCAGUGGCGUGAGCGAAUGCGCCCCGAUGCCCCUGCCAAGCCGGAAGCGACGUCGCACGACGGCAGCGAGGCACCCCCAUCGCCAGCACUGUCCACGGCCGCGCCCGCCCAGGGUGGCCGCCCUCGCCUGAACCUGGCCAAGCGAACGGUCUCCGAAGCGGCGAACGCGGCCGCGGCCGCACCCGCCGGCGACUCCAAGGCGAGCCCGUUUGGUGCCGCCCGCCCGAUCGAUACGGCGUCCAAGGAGAAGGAGAUUGAGGAGAAGCGACUGCAGGUGCUGCAGGAGAAGCGCGAGGCGGAAGAGAAGGCCAAGGAGGAACGCCGGCUCGCCAAGCAGGCCGCCGCCGCCGCCGCCGAAGUUGAUGCUCCCGCCAAGGUGGAAGAGGACGCCAAGGCUGAGGACAAUGACAAGGCCGACGAGGGUGCCAAGGUGGACGAAAAGGUCGCCGAGGCCAAGGAGGGAUCGGAGCCGGCAGAGAAGCAGAACGGCACGCCCGCAGAGCAAAAGGUGCCGAUCCGAAGCCGGGAGCCCAAGGAGAACGCGCCGAGCUUCAAGUCGAGAGCGACGGAGGGCGGCAGCUGGCGGUCUGCCCCCAACGAGCAGCGGGCGAACCGCGGUGGUGGCCCUGGCGGUGCCCGUGGCGGUCGCGGCGGCGGCCGCGGCGACCGCGCCGACGGUGCCGGACGCGGCUCACGCAACGAAGGACGAGGCGCGCGCGCCAACGGCUCUCCCGGCCAGCAGCAGGCCCCGGCCCCGGCGGCGACCGACGCAGAGCCCUCGACGGACGCGGACGGAUGGACGACGGUGCCGAACAAGAAGGGACGACAGGGUCGACCCUAG